AUGUUGAGCCAGCCGCGCCACUUUUCGGCGCUUGUCAAAGUAAAGCGCUUGCCCGCUUUAGCACGUGCCUUCCACAACGGGCCGUCUGUGCUCCGCAAAGAGGAGAUCUCCGCCCCCCACCAGGUGGCCAAGGACUCGCAUCUCCCGCGGAUCAAACAGGACUUGAAGAUCCAGCCGCGGCCCGCCAAGGCGCGGAUCCCCUUUUUGUCCGACCACAAAAUCGAAAACGACGCCUCGUACCGGAUGUCCGGGCUUGCGCAGAGCGUGGGCCAGGCCAUCGUGCGCGUGUUCAACAUCGACAUGGACAAGACCCGUGCCGGGCCCGUGGCGGGCUCGUUCUACUUCGGCGAGUGCAAGAAGCAGGGCAUGUUCUACCCGAACGAGCCGCUCUCGGACACCGCGCGCUUCUACUACGAGACGUUGCAGCUACCCAUGAGUUUCUCCCAGUGGUUCCAGAUCACCGCGUUGCACUACUGGAUCUUGUCCGUGCGCAUGCGGGCGAUGCCGUUCAAGUACGGCCGCAACUACCAGCAGAAGCUCGUGGACCGCAUCUUCCGCGACAUGGAGCUCCGCAUGUCCGGCGAGUUGGGCAUUCUGUCCAACAGAAUCAUCGACGGCUACUUGCGCGACUACCACACGCAGCUCUUGGGCUGUGUGGUGGCGUACGACGAGGGCCUUGUGACGGACGACAUCACGCUUGCCGCGGCCUUGUGGAGAAACGUGUUCAACGGCGACCCCAACGCCGACUUGCGCCACGUCGAGGCCCUUGUGGGCUAUGUCAGGCAGCAGUUGUACGUCUUGAACAACAUGUCCGACCGCGAGUUUGGCUUCGGCAUGUUCACCUUCGUGCCGCCGGACCAGGUCGUGCGGCCUUUGACCCUGGCCCAGAAGGAGAGAUUGAGAGAGGCGGCCCAGGAAAAGUUCGCGGGCAAGACGAUGCCCUCCGAGCGCAGCACGCUCUCCUUGGACGAGUAG